AUGGCCUUCUUCGCCGAGAUGAGGCUCGCCGAGGUCCGCCCCGUCGUCUACAACCUCACCUACCUCUUCAAGGCCGCAGCCGACCGCUCCAACCUCCGGCGAGGGAGGGAGAUCCACGCCCAGCUGAUCGCCAACGGCUUCUCCGGCAACGUCCACGCCGCCACCGCCGUCGUCAACCUGUACGCUAAGUGCCGCCGCAUGGUCGACGCUCGGAAGGUGUUCGACAGAAUGCUGGAGAGGGACCUGGUCGCGUGGAACGCCGUCGUCGCCGGGUAUUCUCAGAACGGGGUGGCGGCGGAAGCUGUGGAAAUGGUGGCCCAGUUGCAGGCGGCCGGAGAGCGGCCGGACUCCAUCACUAUCGUCGCCGCCCUGCCCGCCUGUGCAGACCUCGGCUCGCUGAAAGCAGGCAAGUCCAUCCACGCCCACAGCAUCAGAGCGGGGUUCUCCUCUCUGGUCAACGUCGCCACAGCUCUGGUGGGCAUGUACUCAAGAUGCGGGGCUCUGGCGACGGCGAGGUUGGUCUUCGAGAGGAUGAGAGCGAAGAACGUGGUCUCCUGGAACUCCAUGAUCGACGGGUACGCGCAGGGGGGCGAUGCCGAGGAGGCCAUGAGGCUGUUUGAGCAGAUGCUGGCGGAGGGGAUCAAACCCACGGAGGUGACCAUCAUGGCGGCGGUCCACGCCUGCUCCGAUCUCCAGGACCUGGAGAUGGGGAAGAAGUUGCACAAGCUCGUGGCGGAGCUGGGGCUGAGCAGCAACGUCUCGGUGAUGAAUUCUCUGAUCGCUAUGUACUCCAGGUGCAGGAGGGUGGAGACGGCGGUGGAGAUAUUCGAGGGCCUGCGGCAGCGGGGUACGGCGACUCUGGUGUCCUGGAACGCCAUGAUCUCCGGCUACGCGCAGAACAGGCGCGGCGGCGCCGCCCUCGAGCUCUUCCGGAUGAUGGUGGCGCAGAGGAACGACGCCGUCCAACCAGAUUCCUUCACCCUAGUGAGCGUCAUCCAGGCCGUCGCAGAGCUCUCUGUGCUCCGCCAUGCGAGGUGGAUCCACGGCUGCGCCGCCAGGCGCCACCUCCUCGGGAACGUCUACGUGGCGACCGCACUCGUGGACACGUACGCCAAAUGCGGAGGGGUCCCCCUGGCGAGGAAGGUCUUCGACCUGGCGGCCGAGAAGCACGUCACCACGUGGAACGCCAUGAUCGACGGAUACGGAACCCACGGCCUUGGGCGAGACGCCCUGCAGGCGUUCGACGAAAUGCGGAGCAGCAGCCCCACGCGGCCCAACGAGGUCACCUUCCUGUGCGUCCUCUCCGCCUGCAGCCACUCGGGGCUGGUGCCCGAGGGGCGGCGGGUAUUCGCCGCUAUGGAGGACUACGGCCUUGUGCCGGGCAAGGACCACUACAGCGCCAUGGUGGACCUUCUCGGCAGGGCGGGGCGCCUCCGGGAGGCCUGGGAGUUCAUCGAGGCCAUGCCGGCGGUGGCAGGGAUAAGCGUCUUCGGCGCGCUGCUCGGCGCAUGCAAGAUCCACCGCGACGUCGGCAUGGCGGAGAAGGCCGCCGAGAGGCUCUUCCUACUGGAGCCCGCCGACGGUGGCUACCACGUCCUCCUAUCGAAUAUCUACGCGGCGGCGGGGAUGUGGCCGGAGGUGGCACGAGUGCGGCGGGACAUGGAGAGGAAGGCCCUGCGUAAGGUCCCCGGCUGGACCUCCAUCGAGUUCAAGAACGAGGUGCACACCUUCUUCUCCGGCGACACCAACCACCCGCUGAAGGAGAGGAUAUACGCCAAGCUGGAGGAGCUCAUGGAGGAGAUCAAGGCCGCCGGCUACGUCCCCGACGCGAGCUCCGUCCACGACGUAGAGGCCGACGUGCAGGAGCAGCUCCUGAUCACCCACAGCGAGAAGCUGGCCAUCGCCUUCGGGCUCGUCUCCUCCGCCGCCGGCGCCACCAUCCAGAUCCGGAAGAACCUCCGCGUCUGCGCCGACUGCCACACCGCCACCAAGUUCAUCUCCCUGGUCACCGGCCGUGAGAUCAUCGUAAGGGACGUGCAGAGGUUCCACCACUUCAAGGAUGGGCGGUGCUCCUGCGGAGACUACUGGUAG